UGUAGAUUAAUCAAAGCUGUUGGUGCAAAAUUAAUUAAGUAUCAUGAUUUUCCAAAAGAGGGAACACUGAGUGUCACAAGAUUGAAUGUUAUAAUGGAAUCAGUCAAAGAGGGAAGCAAAAAACAGAAAAGUUGUUGCGUGAAACAUAUGUGUGGGAAAUGUGAGCAGACGGUGAAUUGCUGGAUUAAGGAAGCAGAUAAGAGGGAAAGAAGAGCAAUGCAAAAAGAUUUAGCAUGUAGGAAUGGGGAAAAGAAAAGUGAAAAGUGUGAAGAAAAAGUAACUGUAUCACAUAGACCUACUAACUGCUCUGAUGUCUCUGUCUCUAAACAUGCACCACCGCCCUAUCAUCACUAUCCCGUGGCGGCGCUGCAAGCCCUGAAAAUGGACCCUGAUCUCGACUGCUCUCCACCAAAAAGACCAACAGCAGGACAGAACCAGAAUGGAGACAAGAAAUAGAAGAAGACCCUGAAAUAAUUCCUGAAACCCCCCUGGAAGUAGCUGAAGAGGAAAUAGCACGCAGAGCACCCCCGACAAAGAAAAGAAAAACCAGACAAACGGUAAAAGAAGAAAAUGUGAGUAUAACAGCACCGCUGAUUGAAGUUUCAGGACCUGAUGGACCAAUGAUAUGGACCACCUGAUGACAAAGCAGGUGACAAAUUUUCUGUUGAAAUGGUCACAUUCUGCCAGGAAUUCAGCCCCACCGUGUAUGAACUGAGACGGCUACUGGCAGUGAAACUGGGGGCUUCGAGCUGGCACAAAGUGAGUAGAAAGCUGCAAAAGGACGAUUGUUGGAGAGAACACUGUGAAUGGGAGCACAGAUUCAACGCAGACUACCGCACAGCUGUUGAGGAGCUGGCUGGAGUUAUAAAAGUAGCAUUUCCAGCGUGUGUGGACACAGCAAAGAUUGGCAACUGCUGCCAGAGCAGAGAAGAGUCUGUUCAAGACUAUUAUCAUCGUCUUCCUGAGAUAUUCAGCAAACACAGCUGCUGAGAAGAGCCAGACGACCGAGGAAAUCAACCUGACACAUGGGAAUGUCAUUUGCGGAGCUGGUUUCUGAAUGGACUGAGACUUGAGAUUGUGCAAUCAGUAAAAACCAGCUACAUCGAAUGGAAAAGUGGAUGAUUGUCUGCUGUUUUAGCACAUGCUUUGCACGUAGAGGAACUGCAAACAGCGAAGAAGGAAAGAGUUAAAGCCAAGACUGACAGAGAAUUACAGCUGGCCUUUGUGCAAGCUGUAUUGAGGCCUGGGGGCUCUUCUGCGCAGCGAAAUCAGCAGAAAGGAGGGGGAAGAGGAAAAAGACGAGGUGGAAGAUCCCCGAAAGGGGCUGAAGGAAAUUCUGAGAAAUGGGGUUGUUGGAUCUGCGAAACAAGUAAUCAUGUGGCCAGAAAGUGCACCAAAUGCAGACUGUGCAAGAAAGAUGGUCAUUGGGCUGAGGAAUGCCCAGGAAAUCAGCGAGGUCAAGAAGCCGACUGAAGCGAGGACGGUGGAGAGCAGGGAGCCAAAAGCCACAGAACAGGGAAGUGAAAUACACACAUACACUGAUGUACAUACUGCUCUCUGCAAUGAAGAAAAAAAGCUUGCGUUUCUUUGUGUAAUUUUGAUUUGAAUGAUGAAAAUUCUGAUAAAUGUUUGAUGAUGUUCAAAAGUGAAGCAUUUAAGAAAAUGCCUAAAUACCCCAUGCUGGUGGAGGGGGUAAUGAUUGAGUUUUUAGCCGAUUCUGAGGCUUCAAGGUCAUCUUUACGACCAUGUGACUUGCCAUGUCAACCAUCAUUAACAGACAAAACAAAUGAGUCUAUUUCUGCAUGAGGGCAUACAAUUUUUUAAAGAUUCACAGUGCCUCUAAAUUGUGAAACAGAGGGGGGCAGAGUGCUGAAACAUGCAUUCAUUUAUUCACCAAAAUGCCCUGUGCCCAUUUUGGGUCGAGAUCUGCUGUGCAAACUAAAUUUGAUGCUAGUUGCGGACUCCUCGGGUGUCAGAGUGACCGAGUAGGGCGAGCAAUGGUGUUGUUUGCGAGCAGAGCCUCAGUGGGCAUAUGAAUGGCACAUCAAAAAUCACGAUUGGGCUGAAAUGAUGUGUGAACAAGCUAAAAGUCAAACCAAGCCAUUUAACAGAGAUUAUGUUGUCUGACAAUUUGCAUUGCACGUCACAUGCCGUAAUGGAACGAGACAUCCAGUAUGAAAAAGACUGGUUUGAGGGAGAAAAAGGAGAAACUUUGAGUUUUGAGAAGAUGUUUUGGACAGAAAAUAUGUGUGUUGUUUCAGUUAACCUGACAGAAAAAACAGCUUCCUUUUUUCCUAACACCAGAGUCUGUGCCUCGCUUAUCGCUCUCCAAGGCCAAAGAGCAGACAUGGGCUGAGAUGGGGGGGGGGAUAAGCGCUGAUGUGAGAUAAGCGCUGGUGUGAAACACAGCGAGAGUCUAGGAGCAUUUAUGUCAGAGUGCAAGCAUGAAAUUGUUUUAGAGAUAAGUCUAUGUGUGUGACAGACACUGUGGCUCUGGCUCAGGAGGGCCACAAAGUCAGCUUGUCAAAAUUACAGUUUGUAAAACAAGUUACAUUUCACAACAAGGUCAUGUCAUAACACCAAACAGCAAAUCCAUGUCUGAAAAAAAAAGAAUUCAAGGCAUAAAAGAUGUACCAAAACCAAUCACAAAGAAACAAAUGCUGUCAUUUUUGGGAAUGUGUUCAUAUUGUCGAACAUUUAUUCCAAAUUAUGCAAUUUCUGAGCAGCCUCUGAGAGCCCUAACAAUAGGGAAGGAGUUGAAGUCAUGUGACAAAACUGAAUGGACAGGGGAGGCUGAGGAGGCAUUUGUGAACAUGAAAGUUCAGCUGUCUCUGGUGCCAACUUCGGGCCUACCGGUACCAACUAAGCCUUUUGUUCAGAUGGUGGAUGAGAAAAAUGGGUUUAUGACUUCUGUGUUUUUGCAGCAUCAUGAAGAUAAAUUGCGACCUGUGGCUUAUUUUUCAAGCAAACUAGAUCCGGUUGCAGCAGGCCUGUCAUUCUGUCUGAGGACGGUGGCUGCUGCUGAACGGGCCGUAAUGGCGUCUAGAGAAUUUGUAGGUUACUCUGACCUGACACUGAUGGCACCACACCACGCUCGUUGGUUACGAUACCACAUACUCGAUAUGCCAAAUAUCACUGUUAGACGAUGCACAACCUUGAAUGCUGCUACCCUCCUUCCGAUGCAGGAGGAUGGAGAGGUGCACCAUUGUUGUCUAACUGCGCUAGAACAAGUGUGUACACCGCGUCCAGAUCUUUCUGACGUAUCACUUGAAAACUGCGAAAAUGUCCUCUUUGUGCAUGGUUCAGCUUUCAGAGAUCCACGAACAGGCCAGAAUAAAGUUGGCUAUGCGAUAACAACUGAAUUUGAAGUUGUGGCUUCUGGCAAAUUGCCAUCAAAUUAAUCAAGCAUAAGCAGCAGAGCUUGUGGCCUUAACAGAAGCAUGCAAACUGAUGACGGGUAAAUGUGUCGGGUAAAACCGAUUCGCGGUAUGCUUUUGGGACUACCCAUGAUUUUGGAGCACUGAGGAAACACAGAAAAAUUUUUUUUUAAGUCAGAUGAGCGCCCAGUAUUAAAUGCUCCUCUUGUGGCAGCUUUAUUAGAGGCCAUUUUGCUGCCAGAAAAAAUGUCCAUCUGUAAGUGUGCCGCACACACAAAUAACAAAGACUUCGUGUCCACAGGAAACGCCAGAGCAGACGCAGCAGCGAAGGCCGCAGCGGCAGAGAGAAGCCAGUGGAAACAGUGUGGCUGUAAACUGGAUGAGGGUGUCUGGAUGAGCUGUGAUGGCAAGCCUUGUUUACCUCGACACUUCUUUCCUCACUGUGCUAAGUCAAUGCAUGGGAAAGACCAUGCAUCGAAAAGGGGAAUGGUUACACAAAUGAAAGAAUUGUGAUUUACAACUUUUGCUGAAACGUUUUGGAAAAUACGUGUCAUUUGCAACACCCACAAUGUGGCAAAAGGGAUAAAAAUGUCCCAGGUAUCCCAGCCCGCACCGACAGGCCCUUUUGAAUAUUUACAAAUGGAUUUCAUCGAAUUGUCCCCAUGUGAAGGGAAGAAAUAUUGUUUGGUGCUGGUUGAUAUGUGGUCCAAAUGGGUCAAGGCGCUCCCGAUCGUUCUCAUGUACAUGAGGAUGAGAAAGCGAUCUAGGGUAAACCUGAGCCCAUUCGAAAUUCUCUUUUGUUUAUGGGAAUAGAAGGAGGUAAACAACAGCAGCCAUCGACAGAGGUGUGUGAGCAUGACUUGUUGAGUUACUGCAAAGAAAUGUCUACUCUGUUGUCUAAUGUCUGUGUGCAGGUGAAAGCUGCCCAGGGGAAAGUUGCUGAAACCCCUUGCACGACAUCAAACCUGGUGAUUUCAUGGUGGUACGAGAUCUGAGGAGGAAAAGGUGGCUGGGACCGUUCCAGAUGGCCGUAAAACAGCCUGAACGAACAAACAAUGUGACUACUGUGAAAUUGAGACCAAUUUACCAAUCGCACAGAGACCUUUAUAAUGAUACCAAACAUGAAGGGGAAAACAACGGGUUCACAAGAUGACGUUGAAGAUUUCAAGUCCAUCGUGUCGACUCUAGAGAGCCAGCGCAUUCUGAUCGAACACAACAGACUGGAGAACAAGCUCUCACUGAAUCAUGCUGCUGAUGAACAAACAGGUCAGGAGAUGAAUGAAGUGAGUCAGGAACCAGAUCUGCUGGCACUCAAGUUUCUUUAUACUAACACAGAUGCACCCAAAGACAACACAGAGCCCGUCAGCAGCUCUUCUUCUGGCACGACAAGCAUGACUCUGCUCCCGGCGUAUCUCUCGGCGUUAGCCGCUAAACCGCGAGCGGCCCCGCAGGGCCCCGGCACUAUGGAGCAGAUGAGAGCGGAGCUCCGAGAGCUACGAGAUGAACUGGACACGCUGAAGACGCAGCACAAAAAAGAGAUCAAACUGCUCAUGAACGAACUGGAUGAAGAAAAGAAGAUGCGUUUGUCACUGCAAGUAAGCGUGAAGAUGAAUCGAGAGCCAAUUUCAGUCAUGAACAGUGUUGGGGAAAGAUACUUUUAAAAAUCGAAGUGGAACGUCUUAAGAAGCACAUGUUCAAGUGAGCCACCUCUGAGGCAGACGUCACAGAGACAACGAAGAACUUCCAAAGACUGAGGAAGAACUCUGGAGAAUUUAUAUCAGAACUCAAUGAACAUAUUGCU